AUGGAAUUUAACAGGGUUGCUCUGAAUGCGACAGCCCUGGAAAAACUGCCGUUAUAUCAAAAAAUUUUGCUGUUUUUAUAAUGAGUGCGCUUAGUUGUGUAACCGAGAAUGAUAUUUUGAGUUUGCGUAUUAUAUGCAAGAUAGAAGCUAAUCAACAGUAUAAAAUUGAGGAAGUGGAUAAGUACGGAAAUACUGCACUGCUGAAAUCUUGCUAUCUGGGCAGAUUGGAAUGUGCGCUUAUAUUGCUAGAAUUCGGAGCAAACAUUUAUGCCGUCAAUUAUUUUGGCCAGAACGCCUUAACGCUGGCCAGCUAUUGCGGUAAUAUGCAAUUAGUGCUGGAGUUAUUACAUCGCCGCUCAUACCAGGACUUUAAUUUAUCUUCGCUAUUACCGGCCGUUUGCGUAGCAUCCAUGCGGCAGCACAAGGUUUUAGUGAAAUAUUUUAUGAAUUUAGAUCCAAUAGGAACACCCAAUUUACGAACAGUGCAUGGCCUUGGACUAAAUGAUAUGGGUCAGAUGGUAAAACGAAAACUCAGGAAUCUAUCGCAAAAGAAAAUGAUUAAUAAUGCCAUUAAUUAA